AUGGGGUUCUUGGAGGAAGGCGCGCCGCUGGCCUGGAGAGCCUCGGAUAGAUACAGAGCGACAGUGAAACGGAGAGGCGUCCGCGAAUUCUUGAAGCUGUUUCGCCACUUCAAAGACAACCAAUGUGACCGCGCCACUCUCUGUUGGGGCGACGAACUAGAGUUCUGCCUCGUCAAACUGGAUUAUGACGCCCAAAUUCCACGGCUUCUGUUAGCCGCCGAGUGCGUGUUGGACGAACUCCGGCCAAGAGAAGCUUUGCUGUCGCAGGCCCUUUCGUGUGAGCCGCCGCCGACGUGGCGUCGCGUGUUGACUCCGCCUGCGCAGUCGCUGUUGCACAACCUGACUUCUGUGGAUAACGGCCCGGGCCGCUGCACUUCGUUCUCUCCUUGUGGCGCCGCCUUCGCGUCUUCCUCUGCGCGUUCGAGCCAGAAAGACAGCGAAGGAGAGCCGCGCAGCAGCUCCGGCGCACCGGCGUGGCAGAUCAGUGGAUGGCACCCCGAGUAUGGGCGGCACAUGGUUGAAGCCAUCCCGGGACAAGCGUUUCGUCUGGACUUGGAUUCGCUCUUCUACCUCCUUCCCUCCAUGCAGAUCCGACGAAAAAAGAUCCAGGCUGUUAUGCCACCAGGCUGCCACGUGGUCUCGCUGACGAGUUUUCCCACGAUGGGUGCACUCGUCUCGGACCUUGCAAGGCCCGGCUCUGCAGAAAAGCCGAACGCUUCGUGCGACGAGCCGAGCCGAGCGGGAUCGGGAAAACGGGGAUCACAACCGAAUCGGCGCGCUGCGGUCUCCGCUGUACCUACACUUUCCCCUGGAGACUUCGCCUCGCCCCCCGCCGUUCCUGAUCCUCUUCGCGGCUGCAGCAGGAGCAUUUUUGUCGGCGACGGAGUCAUUCAAAAGCACCCGCGGUUCCGCACCCUCACUGCGAACAUCCGCGAGCGGCGAGGCAAAAAGGUCGACAUUACUGUUCCGCUGUUUCAAGAUGUCUGCACAUUUCCUGGUGCGGAAGGAGCAAGCAGGAGUGGCGCGCCUACUGGCGAUUCAGCCGAGGCGGAGAUGCCACAAGAGGAGGAGUUGCGGCGGCAACUCAUGAUGGAGGGAAAGGCUCUGCAUGACGGGCGAUCGAUCUACAUGGACCACAUGGCCUUCGGCAUGGGCAUGCACUGUGUGCAAGCGACUUUCGGCUGUCCCUCCCUUUCCGAUGCACGAUACCUGUAUGAUCAGUUGGGUGUCCUUGCUCCUUUGUGGCUCUCGCUGACUGCGGCCACGCCGUUCCUUCGGGGGCUGGUCGCGGCGACAGACACGCGUUGGGCGACGAUUGCCGGCGCUGUCGAUUGCCGCACCGAGGAGGAAUUCAAGACUUUGCCCAAGUCUCGCUACGGCGCGUUCUCGCUGUAUAUAGGUGACCAUGCUCCUUUACGAGAUAACAUCGACUUCUACAACGAUGUUCCCGCUCCCGCCGACCCGCGGGCGUAUGCGGCCUUAAUUGCAGGCGGAGUUGAUCCUAUCCUCGCUCGCCACGUCGCGUUUUUGUUUGUACGGGACCCGUUGGUGAUCUUUCGAGACAAGGUUGUGGAGUGUUCGGAAGAAGACGAAGAGGCAGUGCGGCGCCUCGAGGCCGAGGCCCAGGUCGACUGGGGACGGGAUGUCUAUGACGAGAGGUAUCAAACGACAGCGGACUUCGAGAACCUUCAGUCCACAAACUGGAAUUCCGUUCGAUUCAAACCGCCGCCGUCUUUCAAAAAACAACUCCAACAAGCUUGGGGACAAAACCCGAAUUCGGGGGCAAACGAAGACGGCACGCAAAGCCAAGUUAUGCAGACGGGAGACGGGCGGCAGCUGAGAAACGAGGGAGAGGAAAAUCUCUGCGCAACUGUACAGACACACGACAAGAGUGGGCCAAGUGGACACGCCAUCGAGUGUUGGAGGGUCGAGUUCCGCACACCCGAGAUCCAGCUAACGGACUUUGAAAAUGCUGCAUGCAUUGCGCUCAUCACGGUCCUUGUACAGGUUCUUCUAGAGGAGCGUUUCGACUUGUAUAUUCCCAUGUCCUUGAACGAGGAGAACAUGCGGCGUUCGAGUCAAAUCAAUUCGAUCAUGACGCAGAAGUUUUGGUUCCGUAAAGACAUCAGAUCGGCUUCUUCCGAUCGCUCCUUUGGAGAGUUCUACCUCCACGAAAUUCUCUUUGGCGUUCCCAUGGCACCCGGACGCCAAACACCUACUGUCGCCCUUGUUCCGGCGUGUCUAAACUACAUGGAGCGAAAGCUGCCUAGUAGCUCGCCCUACGCCACUGCACAACUUUUGGAGUUUUUCGAUUUUAUUCGUCAUCGAUCGCAAGGCAUUCUUCCGACAAAUGCGUCCUUCUUCCGAGCUUACCUAGCUGCACACCCUGACUACAAGCGUGAUUCUGUGGUAUCCCAGACAAUAAGCUUUGGCGUAUGUGAUUUAGCGGUGAAGAUAGGGCAAGGCGCUGUUCGCGUUGAUGAGCUUUUUGGGCCGUUUGCAGAUCGCGUGGGAAUGUGGAUUUCAGUUGACGGAGAUAUCCAAACAUGCCUGGGCGUUUCGAGGCCCGUGGUGACGUCUGAUUUCCCCUGUCCACUCGCGGGCGGCAUCGCGUCUGUGCGUGAACAGCACUGUGAUAACGUUCCCGCUGCCGAAGAUUCUCAGGCGUUCGUGCUUGGGAUGAAGCAACGAACUCCAGAGAACCCCUUAGGCAGCAAUGGCGACGGAGUUUCCUUUUCCCCGGAAGAAGACUGUCCCUGCGAUUUUGAGAGAACCACCAUGAAGGGUUCUCUCUGCUUCGACUCUGGGCUCGCCUUUUACCUCGGAGGCUGUGUACCUUUCACAUUGCAGAAGGCAUGGAAAGGCAAAAAACUUAAGAGUUAUCUUGGCUUCAGAUAUGGGGAAAUCGUCGGUGAAGUGGCAAAGAGAGAUUUCGGAAUCCAAGAAGACCCCAACGGCGCCAUCAAGUGCGAAUUCCCUGGCUCAUGUCGCCGCCCCAGCACGAUCACCAAUGAGGACGCGACAUGGGCAUGGAUGCUCUCCACUGCAGUGGGAGGGCGUGACACAGACACUGGCGCUUCCGAUGAGAAUGGGUCCACUUCUUGUCCAAGCUUGGGCGAGAUCUGUGACAUUCCUGACGAAGCAAAAGCAGAGAAAAGAUAUAGUGGAUCUAGUGAGCAGGAGGGAGCCUGCUCUCAGGCAUAA